CCCCCCCCUUGAAAACCGCGACCCGGCCGCCACCCCCCGAAAAGAACUUGCUGAACUCGUUCCGGGAGGCGCCGGGCGCCGAGCUCCGCUCCAUGCGGCGGCGGGGCCGGCGCUGAGCCCCGGGGCCGCGGAGCCAUGGCCAUGGUGGCCGGCGGCUGGGGCGAGCCCAACGGCGGCGGCGGCGGAGGGGAGGAGGAGGCGUCCCCGGCGGGCGGCGGCAGCGACGCGGAGCACGGCGAGGAGGAGCGGGCCGGGGCGCCCGUGGACUGCGUGGUGUGCGGGGACAAGUCCAGCGGGAAGCACUACGGGGUCUUCACCUGCGAGGGCUGCAAGAGCUUCUUCAAGCGCAGCAUCCGCAGGAACCUCAGCUACACCUGCAGGUCCAACCGCGACUGCCAGAUCGACCAGCACCACCGCAACCAAUGCCAGUACUGCCGCCUGAAGAAGUGCUUCCGUGUGGGAAUGAGGAAGGAAGCCGUGCAGCGGGGCCGGAUCCCCCCCAGCCACUCCAGCACCAGCCCCAACACGUUGCCCAGUGGGGAGUACUUCAAUGGGCAGCCGGUGUCGGAGCUCAUCUCACAGCUCCUGCGGGCUGAGCCCUACCCUGCCGCCCGCUAUGGCUCGCAGUACGCGCAGCAGGGCAGCGUCAUGGGCAUCGACAACAUCUGCGAGCUGGCCGCACGCCUCCUCUUCAGCACGGUGGAAUGGGCCCGGAACAUUCCCUUCUUCCCAGAGCUGCCCGUCUCCGACCAAGUGGCUCUGCUGCGGCUGAGCUGGAGCGAGCUCUUCGUCCUCAACGCGGCGCAGUCGGCACUGCCGCUGCAUAUGGCCCCGCUGCUGGCUGCCGCCGGCUUCCACGCCUCCCCCAUGUCGGCCGACCGUGUUGUCUCCUUCAUGGACCAGAUCCGCAUCUUCCAGGAUCAGGUGGAGAAGCUCAACCGGCUGCAGGUGGAUUCAGCUGAGUACAGCUGCCUCAAAGCCAUCGCGCUCUUCACGCCAGAUGCCUGUGGCCUCUCGGACCCGGCGCACGUGGAGAGCCUGCAGGAGAAGGCUCAGGUGGCCCUCACAGAGUACGUGCGGGCUCAGUACCCAUCACAGCCGCAGCGCUUCGGGCGGCUGCUGCUGCGGCUCCCGGCUCUCCGUGCGGUGCCGGCCGCGCUCAUCUCCCAGCUCUUCUUCAUGAGGCUGGUGGGGAAGACACCCAUCGAAACACUAAUCAGGGACAUGCUGCUGUCCGGGAGCACCUUCAACUGGCCCUAUGGGACAGGGCAGUAGGGGACAGACAACCCUGCAGCUGGACCCCGAUUUCCCCCCUGUGCCCUCAGAUGGUGCCAGCCCCCGGGAGCCACGAACUGCGCUGGUCCCUGCGCCACUCACCCCAAAAGCAAUGGGGUCACGGCAUUGUCCUCCUAAAGCUGAAGGUACUGGCCCUGCUGCCACCGUUGGACACUGAACUCUUCUGUGCCCCGUGAAGUGGAGCUCCCCAACGCCUUGGUCCCACCCCACAGGGACCUUGGAGCAUCCCCAGGGCUGGUCCCUUGCUCUGCCCCUGUACCAGAGCCCAGGGAAGGGGACACCAUUCACUGGCUGCCCCUCCAAAUCUGAAUGUCAGAUGGUGGGAGGCUUGGACAGAAGACGAUGGGAGGUGGGACCAGCCAGCCUGGAGCACAGAGCUGUCUGCUGUGGGACCCCCUUUGUGUCCUCCCCACCCUCCAGGGCUGGCAGGGAUGGAAAAAGGGUCAUUUUAACCCCUUUUUAUGCCCUGCAGCAUGUGCCCGGCCUCUAGGACUGAAACACUGAGCUUGGAGCAGCCCCAUUUGGGACCCUGGGCUUGGCCGUGCUUGGUGCAUAUUCUGCACGCACCCCCCCCCCCCCCGGCACUUCCCAUUGAAGCAUCUCCACUGCUGGGGCAUGGGGUACACAGGAGGGGUUGGGGGUACA